CUGUAUGUUGUCGUGCAGCCAAGAGGACACAUCUGUUGUUGCACUCCCACAAAAGCACAGCCUCGUCUGAAGACAGUGAAGAUGAUUUGCCUGGCUGAUCUUAUUGGACGGAAAGCCGGCACGCCCUCACUCGCACCACAAUCACAGAGUAUAUACAGAGGGAGGAAGAACGAAAAGCCGCUGGCAAGCUGCUACAGAACACCUGUCAAAGCUAACAAUCUCAUUCUUGUAUUCAUCUUCCUAUCACCACCUUCCAAACUACGAACUUCGUAUGCGCUUAAUCUCCCCUUCAGAUCAAUUCUCUGCGCCUGAAUUCAACAUGAGAGAGCGCCCACCCCCACACUACAUCCAGGCCAUAAGCGCAAAACGAGCAGGGGGCAAAAAUGUCCCUAAGAAUAACUGGAAGUACCACACAAAGAAGGACAAGAAGAUAGGCGGGAAUAUCGCU